AUGCCAGUUUCAAAGGCUCAUGAAAUUAGUAUUUGGCAUAAAGACGCAAUUAAUGCGUCACAACAUUUUUUAAACUCAAAAGAGAGAAAACAAUUGAGUGUUCAUGAGCAAAUAGAUUCGGCAUUUAAUAGAGAAAUAGAAGAAAACAGGGUGAAACUUCGUUCUAUCAUAUCGUCAAUCUUAUUUUGUGCAAAGCACGAUCUUCCACUAAGAGGUAAAAAUGACGAAGGUUCAGUUUUUACAGAUUUAUUACAAUUCCGUGUCGAAUCGGGGGAUGAAGUUUUGAAUAAGCAUUUAAAGUCUGGAGCUAAAAAUGCGUUAUAUAUCUCACAUGAAGUUCAAAACGAACUAAUUAAAACUUGUGCUAAUGUACUUCGACAAAACAUUAUUGAAGAAGUGAAACUUUCAUCUGUUUUUUCGGUCUUAGCUGACGAGACUGCCGAUAUAAGUGGCACCGAACAAUUGUCAAUAGGUGUUCGGUAUUUGUUUUACGACGUUAAGUUUCAAAAACACAAAAUUUGUGAAGAAUUUCUUGGUUACUCGCCUCUUACAAAACUAGAUUCUAAAUCCAUUGCCAAAACCAUCAUUGAAUUUUUAGAAAGUUGUAAUUUAGAUUUGAAUCGACUUGUGGGCCAAGGAUAUGAUGGAUGCGCUACAAUGGCUGGGCAUAUAAGUGGCGUUCAAAAAUUAAUUAAUGAAGCUUAUCCUAUGGCGCUAUUCUUCCAUUGUGCUAGUCACGUAUUGAAUCUUGUAUUUAAUGAUUUAAAUAACGUAAGUGAAGUAAGAAAUACAACCGGGAUCAUAAAAGAAAUAAUACAUUUUUUUAGAGAGAGCACAUUGCGUAGACAAAUUAUUCCCAAUAUUCCUUUACUCUGUGAAACUCGUUGGUCAGCAAAAUAUAAGAGUAUUAGAAUUUUUGCUGACAAUUUUAUUGUUAUUGUCAAAGCUUUGGAAGAACUAUCAAAAAGUACAGCAAAUUCAAAAACCAAAAUUAAUUCUUAUCAACUCUUUACUGCUGCUACUACACCAGUUUUUAUUGUUACAUUGCAAGUAAUAGCUGUUUAUUCCGCUAAAUUUGAACCAGUAUGCAAUCUACUUCAACAAGUUAAUAUAAAUUUGAAAACGGUGAACAAUCACAUAACCAAACUAGUUGAUACUUUGCAGUUGUAUAGAAAUUGUGCGUCCACUGAAUUUACCGUAUUAUUUGCAAAAUCUAAAGAAAUCGCUGAAGAACUUGAUGUUGAAAUACUAACCUAA